AUGCAACAAAUCAAACGUCGACAACUUGAUUGCUUUAAUAAAUAUGAUGAAAGAAAAAGAAGAAAAAGUAAAUCAAAUGAAAUAAUUUCAAUCUUGGAAAAUCUUGCAAAUGAAACUAUUUAUGAAAUAUUUGAAUAUCUUGAUUAUUAUCAUAUUUAUCAAAGUUUUUACAAUCUUAACACUCGAUUUCGUUCCCUACUAACGAAAUCAACUCUUCCACUGAAAAUCAAUCUUUUUCUCAUGUCGCAAACAACAUUCAAUCGUUACAAUCAAGAUAUAAUUAUACCAAAUAAUCAUCGAAUUGAAACUCUACGAAUUGAAAAUCAUAUUAUAUUUGAUGAAUAUACACUUGGAUUAUCAAACAAAAUAUUUCUUCGAACAUUGAUUAUUGAAAAUAUUGAAUCAACAUGUCUCAAAAAUCUUCUUGACCAAUUAAAUAUGAUGUUGCAUCUUUCAUCACUCAGUAUCACCACACUUGAUGCUAUUGAGAAUAAAAAUCCUAUCUAUCAACAAAUAUUUCGUUUAGAAUCAUUGAAAUAUUGUAAAUUAUCAUUAGGAGGUGGAUAUUCUACUAAAGAAUUACCAAUGGUGACUGAUGAAUAUAGUCCAAUCGAAUAUUUAAUUAUUGACCAUGAAAUAUAUAUUGAGCAGUUACCAACAUUCUUUUCGUAUGUUCCUCAUCUUCGUCAUUUAUCAUUACAUUUAUUACGUGAACAAGGAACAAUUGAAAAUCGAUCAUUUUCAUCUGCAUUAAAUUAUUUAACACAUGUAUCUAUUAUUUUAGAAACUUCUAUCAAUUUUAAUACUCUGGAGAAUCUGCUGUCUCGUUCUUUUCCUUUUAUUCAAGUUUUACACAUUUCGGCCGGUUGGAAACAUUUCGAUGCGCAUAAAUGGCAACAUUUGAUAUCAACAUAUUUACCAAAUUUGCCUAUUUUUGAUGCUGUAUUCAAGAUAAUUCCAUAUAUAACUGUUCAAAAACUCGAGAUUGAACAGCGAAUGAACUUAUUUCGAUCAUCGUUUUGGAUUGAUCGACAAUGGUUAUUCGAUUGUCGUUUAACACACACAAAAUAUUUUCAACCAAUAAUAUUAUUUUCAUCAGAUCCAUAUAGAAGAAAAGAAUGCAUCAUUAGUAAUCGCUCGACUAGUGUUCUGUGUGUAGAUAAAUAUGAAAAAGUUUUCAAAUCAGUUCAUCAUCUUCAGAUUACAAACACAGCAGUCUUGGAAGAAUCUAACGAUUAUUUUCCAAAUGUUAAUAAACUUACAAUAGAAGAUGAUUCACCAGUAUUUACUCAUCAACCAACUCACAUUAGUCUUAAUCGUAUUUUACCUUUACAACAACUCCAAAUAUUGGUAAUUGAAUAUAGUCAUCUAUCUUUUUUGAAAAUUAUUGAAUUUUUAUCUUAUACACCAAAUGUUCAUACAUUGACGUUUCAAACAAUGCUUCUUCUCAAAGAAAAUAAGAAAACUAUCAAACAAAAUGAAAUAUUUCAAUCGAUAUCAAAGAUAAAUCGUGUCACUAAUAUUAAAUACGCUUCCGAAUGUACAAAAGACGAGCUUGAAUUAUUGAUUAUGCUAUUUCCUCGUUUGCAACGCCUUCAGAUCGGUACGGUAAAAACCGAUAUGGAAUCAAUCUUACGGUUUUUAUUGAUUGACAAUAACCGGUAUACACUUCAUUUGCGCGUUUUAUGUUUUACAUCCGUAAGUGAAGCUCAUGUAAAUUAUCUGAAAGAUCUAAUCAACACCAAAGCGAUAUCUUCUAAUUCAAGAAUAAAACAGAGUGGUAACAACUUGUAUUUAUGGUGGUAA